AAUUGACAAAGAAGAUUAACUUAACAAAAAGGUUCGUCACAAAUGAUCUGGUGAAGAAAUGAAGAAUCUGUUAUUAAAUCACAUCUUACUUUCAAUGGUUCUUGCUAUAAACUUGAAUAUUCAGUCGUGCAACGCCAACACCAUACUUAAUUCCCAAGGAAAUGUAGCGAUACCAGCAACAGUUACAGUGGAAGUCGUUGAAACAGAUGCAAGACAAAGACGAUCGAUGGACCUAUUUCCUGACCAAUUAGCUGUUGUCUUGUCAACAGAUGAAUUACAUGAACAGGUUCAAAAUCUCAAAAGAAAUUAUCACGUGCCAGAUAUUAAGUAUGUUCACAUGAUGGAAAAUGGAGCAAUUAAAAAGUUCAAAUUUGAAAAUAAACAGAAAACUGCAUAUUAUAUUGAUGUUGAACAUGGUGCUUCUUAUAGAGUUUCUUUGGCAUCAGAGGGAGCUGAAGAUUUUGAUAUUGUGAGUUUUGCUUAUAACCACGACAAAAUCUUACCGCAAAUCAGUGACACGUUUUCUUGCCAACCCUUUCUGUAA